AUGAGGACAUCACACAGUAUAAUCCAGGAGAAAACCCGGCCCUCCAAUGUCCAUCCGGCACCACCCAGUGUAGAUGGACCAUCGGAUUCCUCGUAUCCUGAGGAACCUCAGACUGUGCGGGACCGGGCCGGCCUUCCAACAGGGAAGAGCUUCUCCUGUACUGAGUGUGGGAAGAGGUUCAGUUCUACAUACCAUCUUAAUAGGCAUAAAAGAUCUCACACGGGGGAGAAGCCGUAUCCUUGUCCUGAGUGCGGGAAAUGUUUUUCAGUUAAGUCCAAUCUUUACACACAUCAGAGAUCUCACACAGGGGAGAAGCCGUAUUCCUGCCCUGAGUGUGGGAAAUGUUUUUCAGUGAAGUCCCAUCUUUACAUACAUCAGAGAUCUCACACAGGGGAAAAGCCGUAUUCCUGCCCUGAGUGUGGGAAAUGUUUUUCAGACAAGUCCAGUCUUAACACACAUCAGAGAUCUCACACAGGAGAGAAGCCGUAUUCCUGCCCUGAGUGUGGGAAAUGUUUUUCAGUGAAGUUCCAUCUUUACAUACAUCAGAGAUCUCACACAGGGGAGAAGCCGUAUUCCUGCCCUGAGUGUGGGAAAUGUUUUUCAGUGAAGUCCAGUCUUAACAAACAUCAGAGAUCUCACACAGGGGAGAAGCCGUAUUCCUGUCCUGACUGCGGGAAAUGUUUUUUCACAAAAGUCCCAUCUUUCCAGACAUCAGAGACUGCACAUGAAGGAGAAGCCACUUUCCUGUCCUGA